AUGACUUCUUUUCUCAUCGGGGAUCAUGUCAAUCGUGAAGUAGGACCAUCUUGGACGGACAGCCCGGAUUGCAUCUUCUGUCGAAUAAUACGGCAGGAUGCGGAAGCUCACCGUUUAUACGAAACAGAUAAAGUCAUAGCAUUCCUGGAUAUCCUGCCUCUCCGCCCUGGUCAUACCCUCAUUGUACCGAAGACUCAUUGUGCACGGAUAUCUGAACUUCCCUCCGAUUUUGCUGGUGCCUUAGGUGAAGCAGUAGCACAUGUCUCGCGUGCAUUGACAGAAGCUCUGCAUAACACAGCUUUGAAUGUUGUCUGCAAUCAGGAGUAUGCGCAGGCUGUCCCGCAUGUUCAUUACCAUGUUAUUCCGGCACCGAAUUUUGGUCCAGCUGCGACAUCUGGCAUCAAAAGCAAGAAUAUAGUCUCAAAGAGGCACCCUCCGACGCAUAAGGAAAUGCAUCGAAUGGAAUUUGAAGCUCGUGAGGAGUUGGACGACGACGAUGCUAGAGAGUUGGUCCAAAAGAUCACCGCACGAUUGUGA